AAACCCUUUUUUCCCACUUUCUUAAUUUAGAAGGGAGACAAAACAAAUGGGUAGAGUUAUGUUGGUGAAGUAUGGCUUUUUAUUACUAGUGAUCUCUUUUUGGUUUUUGUCUAAUAACAUUUUGGGACAACAACAAGAUGGUGAUGAUAAUGAGGAUGAUGAUUCUGCUGUGUACAUUGUCACACUUAAAGAACCUCCUAUUGUUCAUCUAUUUGAAGAACAAGAGCUUAAACAAAUUAGACAUCAACACAAAAAGUCUAAAUUUACACCAAAAUUGAAACCAAGGAACAAUUCGAGGAAACGUCAUGGGAAGUCAAAGAUACCAUCUAUUGCUCAAUCUCAUGACUCUUUCUUGAGAAAGACAUUGAAAGGAGAGAAGUAUAUAAAGCUUUAUAGUUACCAUUAUCUAAUCAAUGGAUUUGCUCUGUUUGUUAGCUCACAACAGGCUGAGAAGCUUUCAAUGAGAAGAGAAGUAGCAAACAUAGUGUUGGAUUACUCUGUUAGGACAGCAACAACUUAUACUCCACAGUUUAUGGGUCUACCACAAGGAGCAUGGGUCAAAGAAGGAGGAUUUGAGAUUGCUGGAGAAGGAAUUGUUAUCGGGUUUAUCGAUACUGGGAUCGAUCCGAAUCAUCCUAGUUUCAAUGACAAUGACUCUAAGCGUUCAUAUCCAAUCCCUAAGCAUUUCUCAGGUGUUUGUGAAGUUACACCGGAUUUUCCUUCAGGAUCUUGCAAUAAGAAGCUAAUUGGAGCACGACAUUUCGCGCAAUCCGCUGUAACCAGAGGAAUCUUUAACUCAUCUGAAGAUUAUGCUUCUCCUUUCGAUGGAGAUGGCCAUGGAACACACACAGCUUCGGUUGCAGCGGGUAACCACGGAGUUCCAGUGAUAGUUUCUAACCAUAACUUUGGAUACGCUAGUGGAAUCGCUCCUCGUGCAUUUAUUUCUGUUUACAAGGCAUUGUAUAAGAGUUUUGGAGGUUUUGCUGCAGAUGUUGUUGCAGCUAUAGAUCAGGCAGCGCAAGAUGGAGUAGAUAUAUUAAGUCUAUCAAUUACACCAAAUAGAAAACCACCUGGUGUUGCCACUUUCUUUAAUCCUAUCGACAUGGCAUUACUUUCUGCUGUUAAAGCCGGAAUCUUCGUUGUUCAAGCUGCGGGAAAUACCGGUCCAGCGCCUAAAAGCAUGUCUUCUUUUAGUCCUUGGAUUUUCACAGUUGGUGCUUCUUCUCAUGAUAGAGUUUACUCCAAUUCCUUAAUCCUAGGAAACAAUGUAACUAUUCCAGGCAUAGGAUUCGCAAUUUCUACGGAUGAUGAAAAGAUGUACAAGAUGAUCUCUGCUUUUCAUGCCUUGAACAAAAGUACUUCUGUAGAUAAAGAUAUAUAUGUAGGUGAAUGUCAAGAUUAUGAAAACUACGAUCAAGAUCUUGUCUCAGGAAAUCUUCUUAUAUGUAGCUACUCUGCUCGUUUUGUUCUCGGGAUUUCGACUAUAAAACAAGCUUUAGAUGUUGCCAAGAAACUAUCCGCGAUUGGCGUGGUAUUCUAUAUAGACCCGUAUGUUCUUGGUUUUGAGAUCAAUCCAACACCGAUGGAUAUGCCCGGAAUCAUAAUUCCAUCUGUAGAAGAUUCUAAGACUUUACUCAAGUACUAUAACUCUUCUCUUCAAAGAGAUGGAACCACCAAAGAAAUUGUUAGUUUUGGAGCGGUUGCAUCCAUUGGAGGCGGUUUAAAUGCUAACUUCAGUAACAGAGCACCUAAGGUAAUGUAUUACUCAGCAAGAGGACCUGAUCCUGAAGACAACUCUUUUAACGACGCAGACAUAUUAAAACCGAACCUCGUAGCUCCUGGAAAUUCUAUUUGGGGUGCUUGGAGUUCUGUUUCAACCGAUUAUACCGAGUUUGAAGGUGAGAAAUUUGCGAUGAUGUCCGGUACAAGUAUGGCUGCUCCUCAUGUAGCUGGUGUGGCUGCAUUAAUCAAACAAACUUUCCCACAGUUUACUCCUUCACAAAUUGCAUCCGCGCUUUCAACAACUGCUCUUCUUAAUGAUAAUAAAGGCGGUCCAAUAAUGGCUCAGCGAUCUUAUUCCAAUCCCGAUCAAAGCCUCUAUACCGCAACACCGUUUGAUAUGGGAAGCGGUUUCGUUAAUGCAACCGCAGCUUUAGACCCUGGUCUAGUUUUCGAUACAAGUUUUGGAGAUUAUAUGUCAUUUCUUUGUGGGAUCAACGGCUCAGAUCCGGUGGUAUUCAACUACACCGGAUUUCGCUGUUCCGCUAACAACAUAACAAUCAGUGGUUUUGACCUCAAUUUGCCAUCAAUUACAGUAUCAACACUUAGUGGCACGCAAAUUUUCCAAAGAUCGAUGAGAAACAUAGCCGGAAAUGAGACAUACAAUGUUGGUUGGAGUCCUCCUUAUGGUGUGACAAUGAAAGUAUCACCUACUCAAUUUUCUAUAGCUAUGGGAGAAACUCAAGUACUUAGCGUAACCCUCACGGCAACAAAGAACAGUUCCAGUUCUAGCUUUGGUAGACUCGGAUUGUUUGGAAAUACAGGACACAUUGUUAAUAUUCCUAUAACUGUCAUAGCGAAAAUCGCUUCGAGCUGAUGAUAGAUAAAUAUCUUUUUCUUUU